UUUUUGUUUAGAUUUUAAGAACAAUGAGUGAUCAGGGAGUUCCGGAUUUUUACAGUUUUACUACUGCUCCUUUGUUGGUCAAUGAGGAUAUUAAUGAUGUUAAGGAUGAUGAUGUUUCACCUGAGGAACAAGAUUCCUUGCAAUGCCACUGUCAAGCUUUUCGACCAUCGCUUUCAAAGGUGAUUGAAGAGAUCAAGCAGCUUUAUGCCGUAGCUCUGCCAAUGAUCAUUACCGGUCUUCUUCUCUAUGGAAAAUCAGCCAUAUCCAUGUUUUUCAUGGGAAAAUUGGGCAAAGAAGCAUUGGCAGGAGGUUCUAUGUCGAUUGGUAUCGCUAACAUCACUGGCUACUCUGUUAUUUCUGGCCUUGCACUGGGGAUGGAAGCCAUUUCCUCUCAAGCCUGUGGAGCCAAACAAUGGCCUCUUAUGGGCCAAACCUUACAACGUACCAUCGUUAUUCUCAUAUUAGCCUGUUUGCCCAUUUCAGUACUGUGGCUAAACAUCGAGCCCAUCCUUCUCUUUUGUGGUCAAAACCCAGAUAUCUCUUCUGUUGCAUCUACUUAUCUUGCACUUUCUCUCCCAGAUCUGCUCUUCCAAUGUAUUAUAAACCCUCUUAGGAUUUAUCUAAGGACCCAAAACGUAACUCUCCCUCUUAUGCUCACUGCUGCCUUUGCACUCGCUUUACAUGCUCCCAUCAACUACAUCCUUGUCUACCAUCUUAGCUUUGGGAUUCGAGGCAUAGCUGUUGCUGUAGCCUUGACAGAUUUGAACUUGCUCAUAACACUUUUGUUUUAUCUAUGCUUCUCUCGCAUCUGUGACAAAACAUGGCAAGGCUGGUCACUCGAGUGUUUCGAUGAAUGGAAGCCGAUACUUUCCUUAGCCAUCCCCAGUUGCAUGUCCGUGUGCUUGGAAUGGUGGUGGUACGAGCUCAUGAUAGUCCUUUCGGGUCUUCUCACCAACGCCUCCGAGGCCGUCGCCACGAUGGGAAUCUUGAUACAAGCCACCUCGCUCAUCUACAUCUUCCCUUCGUCUUUGAGCCUCGCGGUGUCGGCUAGGGUAGGUUACGAGUUGGGAGCCAAUCAGCCUAGCAAAGCCAAAACCACGUCGAUGGUUGCCUUGUCGUGUGCCGUGUUCAGUAGCUUCACGGCUAUGUUAUUCAUGAUAACGAUGAGGAACGCAUGGGGACGAAUCUUCACCAACGACAAAGCCAUUUUGUCGUUGACGGCAAUGGUGAUGCCAGUCGCGGGGCUCUGUGAGCUAGGGAACUACCCGCAAACAACCGGGUGUGGGGUGUUGCGAGGGAGCGCGAGACCAACUUUGGGUGCCAACAUAAACUUGGGAUCUUUCUAUGGUGUUGGAUUGCCAGUUGCACUUUUAAUGGGCUUUGUUAUAGAUGUUGGUUUAUUGGGACUUUGGUUCGGUUUACUAGCGGCCCAAGUUGUGUGUCCCAUAUACAUGCUCGUAGUCGUGGCUCGAACGGAUUGGCGGGUCCAAGCAACAAGAGCUGGACAGCUCGCUGGUAUUAAUGGAGAUGAAGCUGAGGAAGAGAAUAAAAUCCAGGUAUUAAUAUCAGUAAUGGUUGGGAAUUAGCUUGAGUUUUAUGUAGUGUUCAACUACUUUAAAUGGUUAGUGCUUUUAGUUAA